AUGGGAAGCCUGCUACAAAGCAAACAUACUGAGAAGGAAUGGCAAUAUGUUUUAUCUAACCUGGAUGAUAAAUUUUGGAAGAUGGAGAAAAUGGAAACAGAUCUCUUUCCUCAUUUGUAUCUAAGUUAUCAUGAUCUAACUCCACAGAUGAAGCGAUGUUUCUCAUAUUGUGCUGUCUUUCCCAAGGAUUAUGAAAUAGACGUAGAUAGCCUCAUUAGAAUUUGGAUGGCACAAGGUUAUCUCACAACAGCAAAUAGCAGCAGUGAUCAUAAUCAGAUGGAACAAAAAGGCCGGGAGGUUUUUGGGAAUUUAGCAAUGCGGUCUUUGUUCCAAGAUUUUGAGAAAGAUUACGAGGAUUCCAACAUCAUUAUAUCUUGCAAAAUGCAUGACAUAGUGCAUGAUUUUGCGGAGUUUCUUACCAAAAAUGAAUGCUACAGUGUUGAUCGGCAAGAGGAUAAGGUGAAGAUUGAAAAUUUACGGCACCUAUCAUGGCAGAAAAUUGAAAGGCCUACGGAUCUUGAUUCCAUUUGUGAUGCCUUUGGAAAACUUCGCAGCUUUUUUGCUGAAGACCUUUCUCCAGAACAACUUACUCCAAAAAUGUUCAAUGGUCUAAAAUGUGUAAGAGUAUUGAGAUUGUGUGGCUGUAAGUUGCAGAAACUCCCAAAAGAAAUUGGAGAUUUGCUUCAACUGAGAUACAUUGAUUUGAGUUGUAGCAACAUAGAGGAGUUACCUGAUUCAAUUUGCUCUUUGGAUAACUUGCAAACUCUAAGACUUCGAAGAUGUGAGUAUUUUUCUAGACUUCCGGAAGGGAUUGGAAAUUUGCGUCACCUAAGCAAGAUUUAUUUAAGUUGGAGCAAAGUUGAGGAGUUACCUGAUUCAAUUUGCUCUUUGGAUAACUUGGAAAUUCUAAACCUUAAAGGAUGUGUGUAUCUCUCUAGUCUUCCUGAAGGGAUUGAAAAUUUGCGUCACCUAAGAAAGAUUUAUUUAAGUGAGAGCAAAGUUGAGGAGUUACCCGAUUCAAUUUGCUCUUUGGAUAACUUGGAAAUUCUAGACCUUAGAGGAUGUGAUUGUCUCUCUAGUCUUCCUGAAGAAAUUGGAAAUUUGCGUCACCUAAGGAAGAUUGAUAUAAACUUCCUAAAGGGAUUGGAAAUUUGUGUCACCUAA